GAAAACUUAAAGCAGCAAUCUGAUUGGUUGCUAUGGGCAACUUUUCCUCUGGACAGGUCCACAAGAAAGGUGGGACAAUACAAAGAUUGUAGGGAAGAUACAGAUGUGGAAUGGCAUUAUAGGGGCACAGUGCGUCCUCUAGAGAGGAUGAAAAAUGGACCAUGAAGAGCAGGAGCUGCUGGGGGACUACAGAUACCGAAAUUAUUCCUCUGUCAUUGAGAAGGCGUUGAGAAACUUUGAGUCCUCCACUGAAUGGGCAGAUCUCAUCUCAUCGCUUGGGAAACUCAAUAAGGCUCUGCAGAGUAAUCUCAAGUACUGCUUAUUACCAAGGAGACUGAUCAUUAGUAAGAGACUGGCACAAUGCCUGCACCCAGCUCUGCCAAGUGGGGUUCACUUAAAAGCUCUUGAAACCUAUGAAAUCAUAUUUAAGAUCAUUGGAACAAAAUGGUUGUCCAGGGACCUUUUCUUGUACAGUUCAGGGCUCUUUCCGCUGCUGUCUCAUGCCGCCAUGUCGGUGAAGCCUCUGCUCCUAGGCCUGUACGAGACGUACUUCCUACCGCUCCAGAGGUCGCUGCUGCCCAGUCUCCAGGCUUUCAUCACCGGAUUACUGCCAGGCCUGGAAGAAGGAUCUGAGAUUUACGACAGGACGGACGUGUUACUUCAGAAGCUGUCCAUGGUGAUCGGACAAGAAGUCUUCUACAGCUCCCUGUGGGGUAGCGUCCUGGUCAGCAGCUCUAUCCGACUACCGGCCUCUCUGUUUGUAGUCGGUCACAUCAACAGAGACGUCUCGGCUACAGCGCAGAGCUACAUGCUGGGUAAAGACAAGCAGCUGGCUAUAAAAUCUCUCUGUGUCUCGGUGAUGGAUUCAAAUGUUCUCGUUCAGAGGAACACGCUGGAAAUCCUGCUUUUCUUUUUCCCCUUUCACACUUGUUUGGAUUCUGCAGACUGUCCUAUGUCCCUUCAGCGGACAGAUAUCAUUCACAUCCUCUCCUGCGCCAUCCAGACUGUGCUGAGACGGGACAUGUCGCUCAACAGAAGGUUGUUUGCCUGGCUGCUAGGGUCAGAUAUAAAAGGCAGCAUUGUCGCUCCAGAGCUUAAAGCAACAUCAGGGGAAGAAGAAUACGGCUCCUGCUUUUUUGCUAAAUAUUCCAAAGAUCUAUUAGUCCAGGCCCUAAUGCAGAUUUUGCACCAGAAUAUCCUGUAUUCGGACGCAGAACAAGGCCUCCAUGUCUAUCUGAAGCCUUUCCGCAUCCUCGUCAGCCUUCUGGACAAGCCUGAGAUAGGUCCUCCGGUGGUGGGCGAUUUGUUCCUGGAAGUGAUCCGAGCUUUUUAUGCCUACUGCAGAGAUGCUCUGGGGACAGAUAUAAAGCUGAGCUAUGGCCAGAGCGGCAGCCAGCUCAUAAGUGCAAUUAAAGAAAAUAAAAACGCCUCAGAAAUCGUGAAGACGGUGAAUCUCUUCAUCACCUCCCUCAGCUCCGACUUCCUGUGGGAUUACAUGACUUUGUGCUUCGAGCACAGCUUCAGAAAUACUGGAGACACCAGUGACCCCAAGUACGUGGGACGAGCUCCUUGCGUGUCAGAGGUCUGCACUCUCCUGGUCUUCCUUCUGGAUGUCAUUCCUCUGGAACUUUAUUCAGAGGUCCAGACUCAGUACCUUCCUCAGAUGCUCAGCUACAUGGCUCAGUCUCUCUCAGAGAACAUGGACGCGCUCAGCCUUCCGGAGCUGACACAGGCACUGAAGACUUGCUUCAAAGUCCUCAGUAAAGUGCAGAUGCCUCCGGCCUACCUGGAUAUGGAUCCUCUCAGCCCAGGCAGUAGUCCAUCCAAGGAGUCACUGAAACUAAAGACAAACAGCGAAUCCGAGGUGGAGGUGGGAGAAGAGCCGAUAUUUCCCCCAUUAAAGUCGGAAGACAGCGGAAUCGGCUUGAGCAAUUCUUCCCCGGAACUGUCUGGAUACCUGCGCAUGCCCAAAGUGUCUCCAGAAAAGGGAGACGUCUGGAAGAAGGGGGGCAGCGUACAGAAGACCCUGCUCUGUAUACAGGAUCUAGUGGCCAAUUUCGCCAGCAGGCAUCUUUUCGGCCUACAGUUACAGGCGCAGAACGAUGGAGUCUCUGCCCCAGGGAAGGAGGGUCCCCAGAAGAGGAAGGGGCACUGGGAACCCAAACAGAUCACCGCCCCGCAGUUCAAGCAGAUGCUGACAGAGUUCUUCACUCCGCGGACUCCGGUCUCGAAACCCAAAAAUGAUAGGAUCGAAUAUUCUCCAUCCCACAGCCCGACUAAGAGAGUCAGUAAGGGGUCAGAGGAGGAGUGGGACAUUGACCGCUUCAUCCAGAACAUGGGCCAGAUGUCUGAAGACUGCCGGGAGGCCUUCGCUGCGGCCUGUCACUUCCUGCUGGAUUGCGCCACUUUCCCUGUCUAUCUGUCAGAAGAGGAAAUGGAACAGAUAAACUCGUCUCUAUGCCAAGUGCCCGGGUCAGGUGAUGCCGGGUUCCCCUUGUGGUUCAAGUCCCUGAUGACGGUCUGCUGCUGUGUGAAGGAUUGUUACAUUCAGAAUGUAGCAAUCUCUACUCUAUUGGAAGUGGUCAAUCACUCGCAGUCCCUUUCAUUGGUCAUGGAAGACAGAAUGAAGCGCUCGAAAAUAUCCGGCUACAGCGCGGUCUUUGGGAAGCUGCAGAUGGUCACAGUUCCACCUGUCUCUCCAGGAGUCCUCAAACUUAUUGCAGAAAAGACGGACUUCUACCCAAGAGUCGCUCACGUGCUGUGGAACCAACUGCACAUGGAUACCAGAGAACAUCACAUCACCUGCGUGGAGCUCUUCUACAGACUGCACUGCCUGGCGCCAUCUGCCAAUAUCUGCGAGGAGAUCAUCUGCCAGACCCUGCUGGAUAAUGACAAGGUGAUCAGACUGGAAGCAUUGUUCCGCUUCUCUGUGAUUUGGCAUCUGACAAGGGAGAUACAAGGAAGCCGUGUGACAUCCCAUAACAGAUCCUUCGACAGGUCUCUCUUUGUGGUUCUGGACAGUCUCAAUUGCACAGAUGGCGCCAUUGGAGCAGCCGCCCAGGGCUGGUUGGUACGCGCACUCUCCUUAAAUGACGUCGCCCGGAUCCUAGAACCCGUUUUGUUACUUCUACUGCAUCCUAAGACCCAGAGAACAUCCAUUCAUUGCAUUAAGCAAAAAAACUCCUCAGAAGAAAUCAGUUACUGGUGCAGACGGAAAAGAUCUUCCCUAAAAGACACUGCUGGAGGCCUUGAAUAUCCUGAGAGUAAUUCAGAUGAGAGUCUCCCUCAGUUUAACACAGUUGACAGAGAGGCCAUCUGGGCCGAGGUGGAGAAGGAUCCCGAAAGGAUGAAGAACGAGUUGAAUGAUCAUAUUUCAGAGUGCGCUGAAGCUCCAUUUUGUGAUGACGUUGACCAUGAGGACAGUGAGCACACAGAAUCAGCUGACACCAGCGUUGGGCAAAGUGCCAGUGAAAACACGUCUUCCUUUAACCCCAGCUCUGUAGACUCAAGUGUCGACCAUCGCUGGAGUAAUUGUGACAACAUUGAUGGGCAAGGUUCUUCUAGACCUUUUUGCCAUCCAAAUAUGUCCUGCAUGGAUGUUCCCAGGCCUAGCACCUUGUUAAACUUGGUACGUACGGAGUCUGAUGUCACUCAGACCUCAGAAUCACUCUCUAGUGAUGAUGAAGCCGAUCUUGAGCUCCAGGCCAUUAGGACUUCCAAGCUCCUUAAGCAGCAGAAGGAAAAAGAGGAAUUAAUAGAAGCUCUCUUCAAGCACAUCCUACUAUACUUGCAGCCUUAUGACUCCAAGAGGGUCUUAUAUGCAUUUUCAGUGUUGGAAGCUGUUCUUAAAACCAAUCCCAAAGAGUUUAUUGAAGCCGUUGCCAGCACCAGUAUGGACACCAGCUCCACCGCACACCUCAACUUAAUAUACAACCUUCUUGCACGCCACCAAGAAGCCCUGGUUGGACAAAGUUUCUAUGGAAAGCUCCAGACCCAGUCUCCAUCCAUGUGCCCCCAUUCUCUUCUGAUUGAACUUUUGACAUACCUGUGCCUAGGUUUUUUGCGUUCGUAUUACCCAUGCUACCUAAAAGUGAGCCACAAGGAUGUGCUGGGCAAUCGGGACGUCCAAGUAAAGAGCGUAGAGGUUCUCAUCCGGGUGAUGUCACAGCUGGCCACUAUAGCCAAGAACUCUGAAGGAAAGAAUAUCGACUUUAUACUCAGCUUACUGGAGAGGUGCAAAGUUCAAGAGUUUGUUCUUCUGUCCUUGUCCGCUUCCAUGUAUACAAGUCAGAAGAGGUAUGAACUGGUGUCUCAUGGUGGCAACAAAGACAUGGCAGAAGACGGCUUGUUUGAAGAGAGCGUCAUCAAUUUUGGCCAGGACCAGAUCUGGAGUGAGCAUCCUCUUCAAAUUGAGCUGCUGAAGCUUCUUCAGGUUUUGAUUGUUCUGGAGCAUCACUUGCGGCAGCUACAAGAAGACCAGGAUUCUCCGGUAGACCUCUCCAAGGAAUGGCAUCGGGGACUAAAUUUUCAGCAGUCUAUUAAUGCCAUGCAGUACGUGCAGACACAUGCUAUAACUUCACAAGGAUUAUUUGUGUCUGCUGUUGUGAGGGCGUUACACCCGGAGUACGGCUAUGGAAUGCAUCCGCCAUGGGUGGCUCUGGUCACCUCAUCUCUGCCUUAUUUUGGCAAAUCUUUAGGACUGACUGUAGCGCCGUUCGUUGCCCAGAUAUGCAAGAAUUUAGAUGAGCUUGUAAAGCAAUAUGAAAAUGAAUCGGUAAAAAUAAGCACGGCUUGCAAAAGAGAGAAUGUAUCACCAGAUUACCCUCUCACCCUCCUGGAGGGUCUCACCACUAUUGGUCAUUUUUGCCUGUUGGAUCAUCCGGGACAGGCAAAGAAGUCCUCCUCUUCAGAUCCAGCUAAUCUUAAGAAUGCUCGCCACGCUCUCCUGGAAGAACUGCCACGCAUCAUCAACAGCCUAUCCCUCCUGUGGAGUGUUAUCAGCAGACAGGAGAGGGAGAAAAGACCCUCCGACCUCCUGGGAACAAUAAAAGGAUCCACCUCUGUCUACUUCAAAUCCACAAAAACGCUGAAACAGAAAAUCUUAGAAUUUCUCAACCCACUGACGGCACAUCUGGGGGUGCAGCUCAUUGCAGCAGUUGCCGCUGUAUGGAAGAGGAAAAGAUUCAACAAGGCUCAGAGUAAAGCCAAGAUUAUACCGGUGCCCAGCGAGUCUCAGCUGACUCUGGUUGACCUGGUGUGCGCUCUGAAGACCCUGAAGACCAACACCAUUUUGCAGCUUGUGAGGGACGUGGUGAAGAAGCCUCCGCAGAUAAAAGGAGAUGAGAAGACAUCACUAGUCGAUAUACCGAUGCUUCAAUUCAGCUUUGCGUUUAUACAAAGGCUCUCACCAUCUGAUAUGCAGGAAAACUUCCAGUCACUGCUUAUCCUGUUGAAAGAAUCGGUCCCAUUGAAUCUGGCUCCUCCAGGAUUCUUCCUGCUCUUGAGUAUACUGAAUGACUUUGUGACCCGAACACCAAACUUGGAGAACAAGAAAGACCAAAAGGAUCUGCAGGAGGUGACCCAGAAGAUUCUGGAGGCGGUGGGCAAUGUGGCCGGAUCAUCCCUGGAACAGACAAGCUGGCUGAGCAGGAAUCUGGAGGUGAAGGCUCAACCACAAGUGUCUCUGGAUGAAGCUGAUGCCGAGGGGGAGCUGUACGAAGACCCUGCUGCCGCUCAGUCCUCCAUGGUGUCUGCAUCCGCCCCGUCUGUCUAUAGUGUCCACGCGCUGUCGCUGCUUGCGGAGGUCCUGGCCACCCUCCUGGACAUGGUCUACAGAAGCGAUGAGAAGGAGAAAGCUGUGCCUUUAAUAUCCCGACUUCUGUACUUUGUUUUUCCCUAUCUGAGAAAUCACAACACAUACAAUGCUCCCAGUUUCCGUGCCGGUGCCCAGCUCCUCAGCAGCCUUAGCGGGUACGCCUACACCAAGCGGGCCUGGAAGAAGGAGGUGUUGGACUUGUACAUGGAUCCCGGCUUUUUCCAGAUGGAUACGUCUUGCAUUUACUGGAAAUCGAUCAUCGACCACCUUCUAACCCAUGAGAAGACCAUGUUCAAAGACCUGAUGAACAUGCCCAGUAGUUCUCUGAAGCUUUACCCCAGCAGCGAGCAGAAGGCCAUGCUGGUAAAACGUCAAGGUUUUGCUGUGUUCAGCGGAGAGCUGGAUCAGUAUCAUCUCUAUCUGCCCUUGAUACAAGAACGCUUGACAGAAAACCUCCGUGUAGGGCAGACGCCCAUAAUGGCGGCACAGAUGUUCUUGUUUUUCCGCGUCUUGUUGCUGAGGAUUUCUCCACAGCAUCUUACAUCAUUGUGGCCGAUUAUGGUGACAGAGCUGAUACACACAUUCGUCCAACUUCAAGAUGAUUUGGUGGAAGAGGAGGCGACAAAUAAAAACAGCAAGGCAAAUAAACAGAAGGCUGCGGCGACCGAGAACAAUGGCGCGGUGUACACGGAGAUCCCGCAGAACAGCCUGGACCUGUAUUUAUCUGCGUGCAAGUUCUUAGACACAGCGCUGUCCUUUCCUCCAGAUAAGAUGCCUCUGUUUCAGAUGUACAGAUGGGCUUUUGUUCCGGAAGUGGACACAGAGUCCUGCGCGGUCCAAGCGACAGACAUGGUGGAAAAUCACCAGGAAUGUAAACCCCACGUCGUCCGCAUCCUGGAGCUUAUGAGGUUUAGGUUUGGGGAAAUUGUGACGGAAAGUUCAAAUCUGAAGAAGACCGAAUUCCCGCUUCUCAAUCUUCGCUCUAUCUCUAAGAUCACGCAGCUGAUGCCAUUUUUUCGGACUCUCAGCUUCGUGUUUAAAGCAAAGGGGAAGGGAUCGGGCAUCUCUCAUGAUCUGGACAUCUUGGUGGAAUACCCUAUAGAAGACACUACAAGGGUCCUUAGGGACCUCGAAGAAAACGUGGAAUCUGACUUCCUGGAGAGCAUGUUGAGUUAAUGUAUCAGCGAUGUACAGAUCAUGUGACCUGCGGCACAGUGCUACCGCCAUAAUGACAUACAAAAGAGGGAUGUGAAUAUAAAAUACAGAUAACUCCAGUAUAAAUAUAUAUAUAAAUAGGGUAAAAAAAAAAAAGGAUAUCUCUAUGAGGUUGUAAUUUAUAUUUUAUGUAAAAUAUUCCAAAAUAAUUUUAUUGGUUUCAAUUCCUGGAGAUAUACUUGGCCGAUUGUUUUAUGUUACUUUUAUCCUCUGCACUAAUGGUAUUGUUACUUUUACUCCCAUCUGGGUGUGAAUAUAUGAAAAUAUAAAAGUCCCUGUUGCUGAUCCACCAAUCAGAUUGCAGCUUUAAAGGGGUACUCCGCCCCUGGCAUCUUAUCCCCUAUCCAAAGGAUAGG